CUAUUACUGUGUGUUACGUAGAAUCCACGAAGCUGCCCAAGUGCCCGUCUUGUGCUGCGAGCGCCUUCCAAUUUAUCUACCCAGAAUGCUCCUUCCAAGGACUGGAGGUGCUGGAGCAGGCAGCUCAGAACCGAAACCUCCUUCCUCGAUGCUACCAAUUGCUAACUCACACUCAUGACAGCCAACACAUUUAGGCCUCUUGGGCAAACGCCAUCGCCUAUCAGUCCCACCUCCUGCACUGGCAUCGUGGUCUUUCAAUUCAUCUGGCCGCUGUAUUAGGGGUGAUAUUCACUCAAUUUGUCGGUGUCACAAGCAUGCAACGCCUGCUAUCGCUGUGAACCGGCUCCGUCUGCCAUCAUGAACUGGACCGAAGGCAACCUCAACCGUCACUCUCGUGCCCGAAAAGGCAAGGAGACAUUACUCCGCCAGAAGGAACACUUUGCAAAGGUUCGCGCCGGUCUGCUUGAUGCCAACGUCAAGAUCAGCCCACCAUCAGUCUCUUCUCUUGCCGUUCCUGUGCGGUCUCUUUCUUCUGUCCGCGCUGGUCCCCUGCAGUCGACGCCUCCGUCGAGGAACAAUCGGAAUGGCGACCGCCUUAUGGCCAGUCCCUAUUUCGUUGCAGCUCAUGCUAAAAUGGCGGCGCCAUAUUGUCUCUCGGAUGACAACACAGAGGAUUCUACGCGCCAGAAAAGGCGCAAGCUGUUGCUCAAGGGUGACUGGGUCGGUAUGAACGUGCAGAAACCUAUCGAGAUGGGAUUCACGAAGCCGGGAGGAUCUGGGAUUAGCCCAUGGACCGCAAAGAAGUUGCGCCAUCCAGCCUCGAAACAAAAGCUCCGCAAGCUUGUUGGACUAGCAAACCUUUCGGGGCACAGCAUGGCUCAUCCAACGGCAGCGAACACCUCCGUGCCUGCCUCUCUGCGACAGAUAAAGGUCCGUGUCGGGCCUUCUGAGACAGCCCUAGGAAACAGCUCGAACGCCAGCUCCCGAGGCAAAGAUCCUCAGACUGGUCUAAUGCUCUCUCGUGGCGAGUCUAUUCACCGCCUUCAGAGGGUCCAUUAUCAGAAUCAGGGCCGAGCCAGCGCCAGCAUUUCACCUGCAAGCCAUCGGUCGCAGAGCGACACCUGCCAAACGCCACUGUUGACGACCUCACCAUUGUUGUUUCAUCCCGUUCCUACCCGCCCGGCCUUAGUCCAGUUACUCCACCGACAGUCAGGAGACUCGGACAACGCGGACAGUGCCUUUGCCCAAAUUGGAGCCGAGCGCCCAGCUGUCCCCCCGUCUCAGGCCGAAGAGGAUGAUGUGUGGAGGGAAUUUGUUGCCGGCCCUAACGAGAUCUCUAUCUCGAAUGGAAUGGGAACCUCUGAUGACUUGGAAGCCACUGCUCAGAGACCGGUCUCGCCAGGGCCCAGUCAACUAGGAACUUCGAUGCAGCUCCAGGACAUGGCCAAGGCAAAUGCUGGCUAUUCACCAGUAGUACAAGGAAGCGGCGAGAAUUUCCCAGGCAACAACCAGGCCACCCCGGAUGCAGUCGAUGAGAGUCUCCCAAAGCCCUUUUUGCAUCUUCCACAGCCCCCUGAGAGUCCCAGAAGUGACCCGGAUAUUAUAAGGGGACAAUAUGUGGCAGUUGAAAGCUCUGACAAAGUGUCCUUGGUCGCAACCCCAAGCUCCCCGGAGCUCUUGCCAUACAUGGCGGAUAAGAUCACAACGCUCGACAUGGAUGGGCUCAGGGACAUUGGUCCAGCAGAGAAGGAGCUACCUAGUGGUUGCAACCAGGAAGACGAGAAUGAUAUGUGGAAGAAGUUCAUUUUCGGAGAAUCCUCUGAAGAUCUCGAAAUCGCUCUGGAAGAGACGCGAAGAGAUACUGUGAGGAGCCUCCGGCCGUCCCUUCCCUCCACGAGUACUUCUUCUCGCAAAGAGUCUCGAAACGACUUCAUCACAUCAUCGGCCAACAGUGACUCCAUCGACAGAGGAGAUCUCGCUGAAGGGCUUCGUGACACUACUGAAGACACAUUCACCACCGGAAGUCACUUGGCCACUGCGGGGACUUCCUCAGUAGAUUCUGAGGUCAUAACACAGUCCGUGGACACCUGCGCACGCACUGACCGAGCAUCCUGUGGCUCCUCCACCUCCUCACCAGCAAACGGUAAGGGAACGGGCCGAAGACUGUUUCAUAGUGAGUUGAUGACACCUUCUGUAUUCGAGGCAGACACCGGCCCAGCUACCAACAACCCGGAAAGGCUGGAGAAGCUGGUGGAAGCAGACGAGUGCUCCCGGUUCUCGAGACCAAAGUUGUUCAUUGGGAAGAAGAUGGGACAGGUGGACGAAAAGAGGCAAAUCGCUUUGUCAGUCCCUCAAAUCAGGGGUGCAACUUAGACACGCCGACGGCAAAGACGGGCAAAUGACGGAAGAGCCAAUAUCAGGAAGUUGCCCAACUAUGGGAGUGACCCGAUCGAGGAGUUUGAAAGGGAUGCUCGCUCGGAUCGAGCUGAGAAAGGGUCGAUGUUUGGGCUGCUGGAGACUGAACUGGGUUCUGAAGACUGACUUGAGUCGACUUGCCGAGCAGCCCUAGUUGAUUUGCUUCACUGUCAAAUCGCAAAUUCGAUUGCGACUAAUCGAUGUAAUGUGUGGGACCUGUGUAGCUUGAGAUUCGGGUAGCAUCAGAUGCCACAGCCAUUGAAAGUGCCCACCCAGGUAGUUGCACUAAAUGACGAAUUGCAACAAGUCAA